ACCAACCCAUCGCAUAACCUUCAAGUGUUUCAUCAUAUACCAGACGGUCAAACUUCGCAAUUGUGUAUUGUUCGAAUGCAGCCAAACGCAACCCAACCUAACCUUCCAGCAAACGACGACGACGACGACGACGGUGUACAGUACUGCAUGUAUAUCAACAACAUCAUCAACUCAUAUAUCAACACGAUUCUCCACCAACCCUACCCCAACCUACCAGCCUACCACUAUUAACUAUUAGUCUGCGCGACGACCAACAAAGCCCAUCCACCUGUUAAUUAAACCAACCACCACCACCACCACCACCACCACCAACAAGAACAACCAAUCUCGCCUGCCGGCGAAGCCCCCCCAACAAUGGCCGGCGUCCGCAUCUACCGUCGCCGCCGCUACCACUGGCCCGAACUCCAGCUCAACCUCUGGCUGAUCAUCGUCUUAUCCGCCAACGCCAUCUGUCUAGGCAUCUUCGCCUGGUUCAUGUCCGUCCAGAACGAGCUGCAUCUGGAUAUACCAUGGCUCUUCCCCUACAUGACCGUCACCGCGGCGCUCGGCCUCUUCUUCAUCAUCCUAAUCUACGUCCUGACGGCCCAACGCUUCCUCCUACCCGGCAUCAUCCUCGUGGGCAGCUUCAUCCUCUUCGCCCUGUGGCUGACCGGGUUGAUCGAGACCAGCCUGCAGAUGUACGGGGUCGUCGCCAACGUCGACAGCAACUGCCGCAACUACAUCCUCGUCAAGGACCACCCCACCGGCGAUAAUCUCCAGACCUUGGCGUGGUUGACCGAGAGUACCAUCUGUAACUGCUGGCGAACGGCGUUUGCGUUCGAAUUGAUCAAUACCAUCUUCUAUGCCUGGAUGAUGAUCAUGUCGUGGCAGGUGCAUCGGGAUAUCUAUCGAUGAACCUUUUCUUAUUUCUCUCUCUUCGAAAUAGCUAGGUAGUAUAAGUUUAGCGAGGCGGACGGGUUAGGAGAAUGUGUGGCAAACCCAGCCGAUGAUUUUUAUGAUUGGAUGACUUGGAUCUUGAUGUGAUGGAUGUGAGAUGAUUGCAUGACUGGACUUUAUUGGCUGCUUUGAUGUAUGAACAAUCUACCUUAUGUGUAUCCUUAUUUAUUUAGUUGGCCUUUCUUUCCCCCUUGCCAAUCGAAAUAUUUG